UAGCAAAAACCAUUGGACUUGUAUAUCAGUCUGUUCUGUGGCCUACUAUAAAAAGAUUGGUUUGAUUUCCUGUUGAGUUUGCUGCUAUGGCUGACCCGAACCCUCAGCCAACCACCUCGGGCUCCUCUGGUAAGUUUGACCAGGUCCAGAGUCAGGUGAACGAGGUCAAAGUUAUCCUGAAAGACAACAUCAACAAAGUGUUGGAGAGGGGGGACAGAUUAGAUGAUCUUAUUGGGAAGACGGAUGAACUGCAGGACUCUGCCAACUCCUUUCAAAGAACAUCUACACGAGUUGCCCGAAAAUACUGGUGGAAGAAUGUUAAAAUGAUGAUCAUCAUCGGUGUGGUGGUGCUGAUUGUUCUGAUCCUCAUCAUCCUCGCUGCCACGGGUGUUAUAUAAAACUCAUGAAGUGAUGAUUUAUAUUUUGAGAGCAGAGUGUGCACAAUGUUUAAAGGGUAAAUGAUUAUCGAGAGGUCUUUCUGUGACGUGAUGCAAAGAUAACAUUUAGGAAGCAGAAUUUAGGUUUGCUGACAUGCAACACUCCAAAUGUUUGUAAAACCACUUUUAAUGAAACACAAAUCCACAAAUGUUUUAUUUUAUUCUAUACUUUUUCACUGUCCAGUACACCAUGUACAUAUAAUGUAUGUUUAUGACUGUAGUAAAA